GUUGAGAAGCCCGGGCUUUCGUAGUCGCCAGGAGCUCCAACUCAGAGUCUGCUGAGGCAAGCUGCAAGUGAGCAUUCAGGACAUGGAGCGCCGAGAGACCAACUACUUGCUUCAUGGGGGACUCGAUGAGGAUGAAAAAAAAUCGAAUGGUGCGAACGCACCCAUGCUCUUGCCGGCUGGAGAGGGGAGAAAUGAGGAAGCGAGUGGACAAGGCCAGCCUGGGCGGGAAGCCGCAGCAGCGGAAGGGGAAAGAGCCCGAGAAUUAAGUGGAGAAGGCCCCUCGGCUGCUGAUGCUGCAGGCCUCGAGGAUGGCGGGAACCAAGAGGGCGCCUGUGGCAGUGACCACGAGAAUGAGAAGCAGCCAUCUAAGAAGCCGGCUGGAGAGGGCCUGUGGCUUGCAGAAAGUGCGCAGCCAGUGACGGUGCUGGUGCGCCAGCGUUGCUUCCACUACAAGUUCAGCCCGUGGCAGUUGCAGGAGCUGGAGCGGUCUUUCCAGCAUAGUCACUACAUCAGUGCAGAAGUAAGAAAACAGCUGGCAAGAUGGAUAGGUGUGACUGAAGCUAGAGUUCAGAAUUGGUUUAAGGGGAGACGAGAACAAUACAGGAGAGAUCAGAAGCUAUAAAUGCUCAGAGGUGCUUCUUUCCCCGAAGACUGUGGAGGAAUUCUAGCCAGAUGCUCAUAAGCUUUUGCUGACACUAACGCUCUU